AUGCCGGCUUAUGCUAAGUUCUUGAAGGAGAUUCUCUCCAACAAACGCAAACUUGAAGAUGAGCUUAUCACCAUACCCUACCAAGUGAGUGCUCUUGUGCAACGAAUCAUGCCCAACACACAAAAGGACCCCGGGAGUUUUACCUUGCCGGUGAAGAUAGGUGAUUUAGAGCUUAAGGGUUCACUGGCCGACUUGGGAGCGAGUGUCAAGUUUAUGCCAAUAUCUAUUGCUAAGCACCAUAAAUUUCAUCUUCAUCCUAUGCGAAAAACGAUUCAAUCGGCGGACCGCACUAUGAGAGUCCCCUAUGGUGAGUUGGAGGAUAUACCAAUUCACGUUGUGCAUGUGUUUAUGCCAUGUGAUUUUGUGGUAAUGGAUAUGGAAGAAGAUCUAGAGACUCCUCUUAUUCUUGGUAGCGAAGCUCUAAAGACACUGGGUGUCGUGAUAAACUGCAAAAAUGAUAGCAUCACAGUUGAGGUUGCUAAUGAGCGGCUUGUAUUUGAGUUCUCUAAGACUUUGAAGACACAUAUGAUGGACAGAAUUUGCCGGGUAUGCCUAGUGGAGGAUGAGAUAGAGGAGGCCACGAGUGUGGUUCACACAGGGGAUGAGUUGUAUGCUUCGCUUACCGAUGCCCCUAGCUGGGACAUGGAAGCGGUUAAAGAAUUCUCCAUGCUUCUUGAGACUGCCAUUAAGGAGACACAAGAUGAAGCAUUUGAGAUUCUAGCUACAUCUAAUGAUAAACAGGACUGUUCUAUGCCUCCUCCAAAGGUAGAGUUCAAACCCCUUCCAUUCUCUGUUAAAUAUGUCUUUUGA